AUGAGGAAAGAAGCUCAAUAUAUAAUAUGGGGUCAUGUUGCAUUGGUGGUGUUUCUCUUUUGGUACACAUUUGAUUUAAUCACCUUAGUCUACGAUGACACAGCAAACUAUGCCUUACUUGAUUAUGAACUUAAUCCUCAUGAUGGUAAAUUAGACAGACCUCAAAUUAUCCCAAAGAUCAUUCAUCAAACUUAUAAGACUGAGGAAAUCCCAGAUAUAUGGAAACCUGGUCAAAAGGCUUGUGUUGACUUACACCCAGAAUAUCAAUACAUUUUAUGGACUGAUGAGAUGGCUCGUCAAUUUAUCCUUGAGGAAUACCCAUGGUUUAUCCCCACUUGGGAUUCUUAUCCUUACCCUAUUCAAAGAGCUGAUGCUAUUCGUUAUUUCGCACUUUUACAUUACGGUGGGAUAUACAUUGAUUUGGAUGAUGGCUGUGAACGGAAAUUGGACCCCCUUUUGACCGUUCCUGCUUUUGUAAGAAAGACAGACCCAACUGGUAUCUCCAAUGAUGUCAUGGGCUCUGUAGCUAGACACCCAUUUUUCGUAAAGGUUGUGGACUCCUUGGCAAACUAUAAGCAUAACUGGUUGAUUCCAUAUUUGACCAUCAUGUACUCUACAGGUCCCUUAUUCCUCCUGGUAAUCCUCAAACAAUAUAACAGAUGGGGUAAUGUUCCCGAAGCUGGUAAAGUCAGAGUGCUUAUGCCUGAAGAUUAUAAAUCUCGUCCUUACCUGUUUUUCGCCAUAGCACCGGGUAGUUCAUGGCAUUUGGAUGAUGCUAAAUUCAUCAAGCUGUUGGCAAAUCAUAUUGGUCUUGCUGUAUUUUGUGGAUUUCUCAUAGCCUUUGUCAUUUUCACUUUGGAGUUCCUUUUGUACACAUAUGUCACUAGUGGUUCAUUUAAGAGAUUACGCAAGCUGUGUGCUAAGGUGACCAUGAGUGUUGGCAAGUACUUCCUGUUGAACUCCAAUUCAUUAGGAUUUUCUAAUGUGCGUAGCAUGAACAAACGCAGAUCGAGAAAGGAUUCUAAUUUACCUCAACCUAGUUUUGAAAAGGACAAUACAGUGGCUGAUGUCACUCCAACCAUUCCUUUAUUGAACAGCAUAACACCAGUUCUGACAGUCAGAGAGACCACAAAUAGCAUUGUCAACCUUAAUAAUAUUAAGGCAUCAGAUAUGGUCUAA